AUGGCUAGACAAAGGACUUUGCGACUGAUGGCAGGUGGACUUGGUCGCUCUUACUCUGUGAGGUACCUGGCGACGGGCAGCCAAAGGAGGCUUCAACUCGAUUUGGGCGCAGGCUGUAUCCCCAAGGCCGGUCUUGGUGAGGAUGCCUUCUUUGCGUCCUCGUCGCUGUCUUCCUUCGGCCUGGCCGAUGGCGUGGGCGGCUGGGCGGACCGAGGUGUGGAUGCUGGAAAGUUCUCGCGCGCCUUGCUUCGCAGUGCACACGAGCAGAUGAGGACGCGGCAAGCGGCCUUGCAACGUGCGGACCUGGCCGGGGUGGCGCGCGAGGCCUUUCAGGCGGUUCGGCAGGAGCUCCCUGACUUGAGGGUGUGGAGAAGUCAGCUGGUUGGAGAAGGUCUCACACUGGGAGUUGCACCUUGCUCUUAG